AUGGGCGCGGAUGAACGCUUCGACAACUUGCUUUCCAGGCUAGAUCAGGUAGGCUUUGAUUUCGAGCAGGAAUUCGAUAAAUUGGCACUGUUGAGACAGAAGGCCUUUGAUGCUCUCAGCGACCAUGAUACAAGAAAAAAGAGGCUCCAAAUAGAGCUAAGAUUGAGGCAAAAGUACCGCAGGUAUCGGCAGAAUGCUGCCUACUUUGCCAAGGGACGUUUUGACAAAGUUGACAUGGAUUACCUCAAUUCUGUGAUCAUGAGUAAUGAUCAGCUGCGCGCCGCGUGCCACAUCCACGGUAUUCAUACGGCCCAGAAGGGUUCAUCUGCCUCUGUAGAGGAUUAUGCUUGCAUAGCGAACUUAAGGGAGGACAAAAAGGGCGUUGGUAGUGCCAUAUUGGAGCCUACUGAACGGUACGAACCAACACAGCCUUCUGAUGACGCUAUGUCGGCAGACAACACGCUUCUGUAUGAGAAAAAGAUGGGUAAGAAAAGCCCAUGCCCCUUGAAUGGGGCAUCUACCGUGGAAUCGACAGCUGCAGCAGGCUUGCAACUUCCACCUGCUUCUUUGCCAGCUAAACCUAGGUCGCCUGCACUUAGUUUAAAACGCAAGUUGUGCCCAAGUUCGGAUAAUUCUGGCGGUGGCAAGGCAAAGAGGCGCGUCAAUACCAGUCAUUCAACCAUUCAAUCCGAUAUGAGCGAUGCCAAAAUGCCUCGGAUACCUGAUAAUCAGCUGGAGUUACCGGAUUACCACCAUUUGCCAUCAUCGUCCUUUCACUACAACUUGGGUCACAAUAGCUUACCGGCCAACUUCCAUUUUCCAGAUGUUAAUGACCCUCUAUUGCGUAAUAUGCAGUUUUCUAACCCGCAAAUGAAUUUCCACUCGUAUUCCAAUAUGAACCUAGUUCCAGUCCUUGUGCCUGCCGAUGCACUCGCACAGGUAAAAUCAAUGGGACAACCAUCGAACGUAGUUCAGCGGAUGACAGAAAAUAGCAAUCAACAUGUUGAGUCAAUUGCUGCUGCUGAAAAGAACCCUCAGACAUCUGGGCCAUCUUCUGGUAACAGGCACCCAGAAACAAGUAAGAAAAAUACAAAACGGUCAAAAGCACAUGCGCUGCCCCAUGGUACAAGUAUUGAGAAGCUUCUUAAACCUCCUGCACCAAAAGCGCUCAAGAAAAUGCAGAAAAUGGCUCGCAAAUACAAUUUGUAA